UCGCCUGCCCCUUACCCUGCGGUCCCGAUAUUCACAACCGAGAGAGCAUUCGGUGUUUAGUGUCAAGAUUGUUCUUGGUCCCUGUUGUUCGUGGUUGUCGCUUUGCCAAGUUUGGCCGGGUGCUAUUAAGCAACUAUGAACCCUCCAUUCAAAGAUAGUGCAGCAACAGCCGCAGGAGCUCCAAAACAUUCCCAAAGUAUUCUGGGCGAGUCUAUGGCAACAAAUUCUUCUGCUCAGCUCCAACCGAGCCGGGCCGAUCCGACCAAGCGGCAGAUGGCUGUGCCUGCAGCACCCAACCCUGGAGGUUCCCUAAGAGAUCAUCAGUACACUGACCAAGGGGCCGGCAGCGACCCUGGCAGACCAAGCGCUGGUGUCCUGAAAGAGACCAACUUUGAUAGCCUUCGGGUCCUUCGGCGAUCGUCUGUCGAUCCACUGCAGAGAGAAAUGGAUCGCAUUGCAGCCUCGAUCGAGAGGUGCCUCUCCCAGAUCAGUGCCGGGGGCGACUACGCCAAGAUCAUCUCGGAAAGUGGAAUCGGUCGCACUCUUCCCGACAAACCAAGCGUCUCGCCACAUCCCAUCAUUUCAUUGAUCCGGAUCUUUGAGCAGUUCAAGAUGACCUGGGAACAGACCAAGCAGACGACGAAUGCGAUCCUCAACGGCUACGAUAGUUUGGCGAUUCCGUUCUCGAAGCUGGUGGCCGCCUCAUUGGGCUCGUCCUCUCGAUCAGCCCCAGCCAAUCUCCAGCUGCCUCCUUCCGAUUCUCGCUAUCCACGUCAUCUCUCCGAGUCUGCAUCUGGACAGUCAGGCUCGCCGACAGUCAUCACCGGGGGUUCACUCCCAACAAGCCCUGCCCUCGCCGUCUCUCGGAAUAUGGGACCUGGAUCCGAGUCGCGUCCGGCUUCGCUGCCAUCGAACCUCUCACAUCUGGCACCCAACUCGCGCCCCAUGUCUCCCCUCAACCACCCACCGACUGUGCAGUCUCCACCUUCUGCCCAUUCGUCACUACAGCCCCAGUCCCAGCCCCAGUCCCAAGCCCCGCCGCUGCCGCCUCAUGCUGCUCCUCAGCCGCAACCUCAAGCCAACCCUCUGCCGCAAUCGAAACCUUCGGCCCAAACGCAGGCGCAAGCUCAAUCCAUGUCUAAACAGUAUUCGUAUUCGUCUGUGAGCGCUGUGCCUCAGGCGUAUUAUCCACCCACCACAGCUACUCAGUCUUCGGUUCAAUCGCAGCCCCAGGUUCCUCUCAAGACGCCUGCUCUGUCCCAACCCCCGACAGGCUCACGUUCGACGUAUCAGCUACAGCAGGCCACUGCAGCUCACUCGUUUCAAUCGGCUGUACCUUCGGCCUCGACUCUGAACUCUGGCUCCAAUCUCGCUGGAGACUCACAACAUCAGCUGGAUGCCCUCAGACAUCAGAUCCACAUCCUUGAAAGCGAAAACAUUCGACUCCUGCACGAGACUCAGAUCCACAAGAGUAAAUUCAAUCAGCUAUCCAAGGAGCAUAAUGCAGCAGUGAUAGAAUACGAAGAGGCACUGUUUGCGCAACGGAAAAUGCGACACCAAUCCGAAGACGAGCGAGAAAGGAUCGAAAAUGAAUAUAAGCAGCUUCGUAGGGUCUUCAAAAGCUACGAGGACCGAGCCGGCGGCAAACUUGUGUCUCAAGCUUCGGCUGCGCGCGAGCCCUCGCGGGCAUCGUCCACAGACACCGUUAUGCAGUGUCAAAAUUGCGAUGGCCUGAGCGAUGAAAUUCGCGAGCUUCAGGAUCGCUUGGCAUCUAUCUCGACCGAAAACAGCUCGCUCAAGAAGCAGCUCGAGCAGCUCAUCUUCCAAGCCGAUGACCUUCGGAACACUGCAAAGCUUAGCGAGCAGCAGCGUGCGCUGCAGAAACGCGAUCACGACAAGCUCGUCAAGGAGCUCGAGCAGACACGGGAACAGUUUAGCCAACUCUCGAGAGAAUCCUCGAUUGCGCGGCAGUUGCACGAGAAUAGCACCCCGAGCUCAAGUCAAAAGGACACUGAAACCAGGGACAUUGUGCAGCAACUCGAGGCCGCCGUCGCUCACCGCGAUCGUCUGACGAACCAGCUCCAAAUUCUCCACGCCCGUAACGAAAAGCUAACAAAGCACCAAGAUGACAUGAAGCAGCGACACGAGGUGCUCCGCAGCUCGGCAGAAGAGCUCUACUCGCGCUGCGAGCAGCUGAAGAAGGAGCUCGAACAACAAAGGAGGACAGCGGAUUCGCAGUGGGGUGCCAUGAAGAAUGCAGUCCAAAAGACAUGCGAGAGUCUCAAUGACAUUCAAAAGACACAUCUGGCGCUUGUCGACAAGGCGCAUGGCUUGGCUCCAUCAACGCGGUCGCCUCCCGGGACGCCUACACCCUUGGUCGUCACGCCGGCCGGGCUGCUGAGCGUCGUUCGUACGCACAGUGAAGCGGUGGCUCGCUAUGUGGCACACACCCAGCUGAAGAGCGGUGCCACUGUGAACUACGAUCGGGUCAUCAACGCGCUGCAGUACUAUCUCGAUCUCAAUACUGUCACGACUGAGGAGUUUCAUGUGUUCAUGACACGAAACAUGAGUAACUGCGAAAUCUUUGUCGACCCUAUGCUUCCGUAUCAGCAGGAUCCAGCCUCACAGGAAUCUCAGGUCGCAAUUCAAAGCUACGAGGAGCUGACGACGAUACCCUUUGGCGAUGCACGCGAUUUCCUUAUCUCCAAGAAUCUGGCUGAUUUUGUCCAUUCGGAAACGUCCUAUAUUGUGUCCCUUGGGCGCUACCAUGAAAACAUACUGUCCCAGGACUUGUGCAGCAAGCUCCUGAAGAAUCUCGCUCGGAAUACGCUUGACGACUCAGGUCGGGUGGUGUGUCGGGACUUUGAUGGCUUCCUUAUCGACGCAACGGGCAUGUGGUCGCCUCUGAGACCCAACUGCUUUGAGUCUUCAAGUUUCUCACUGUCCCACUUUUACAGCUACAAGGACGACAAGCGUCCGGGAAGCUUCCCCCCAGACUAUUGGAAGAGUAUGUUCUCAGUCAGCGCAUGCCAUCCCCUUCCACGAGCGUAUGGGUACCUCAGACUCUAUCUGCUGCUCGAGUUCUUCAACUAUGUCGAUGCCACACCCGAGGACUAUGGCUUCAAGCUUUUGCUGGGGAGAUUCAUGAACGUCAACUAUCCCGAGGCACAGUAUCCAACUCGUAUUGCGAACGCCGCUCUCGUCCGGAUGCAGACUCGCAAGACAGGAGGAGCGCCAGAUGACAAGUCCUCGCCCAUCAUCCAUCCGGCCAUCUUGUACAUUGCGACCCUCUUUGGCAUCUCGCCGGUGCAUACGAUCCACUUUGAAAUUACGUCGCAGCACUUGCAGUGGGGCUAUGCAACAAGCUACCCGAGCUGCUACUGGUUCUUCUGGAUCCAUGAGCGUGCUGCGGCCCUUGCACCUCUUGUCCAGGAGCGACAUCCGGAAGUCUUCCCGGGGAUUGUCCACAGCUUCAAGUUCCAGGACCAUGUCCAACACCUUACCGCACAUGUCUACGAGGCCCUGGGCCUCCAUCCUGUGCCCGAGGACCGACACAUGAUCAUGUGGAGCCCCAAGCUAGAUCUCCAGAUGGGCGAAAGCAACGCCGACGGCGAACGGCUCAUGAACCUGUUCCCACCCAACACUCGCCGCAUACACGUAACCUAUCCCAAUCGCGAAUGGGGAGAGCGAUCCUUUCCUGCUACCGAGUAUCACGACGGAACCGAGAAGUGUACAUAUGUCUUUGAUUCGGCUGGUGGCGACCAGUUCGAGAUUCCAAUCGCCUUUGAGGCGAGCGACCUUCUCAAGACCAAGUUUGAGCGGCGUCUCCGAGAGGGAAGUGCAGUCGCCAACAGGCCUACUGCUUUCAAGACGCCUGUCAAGAGCCCGCACGCCUCUGCUGCACCUGUGACAGUCAAUCCGCCCCGAGACACGUAUGAAACUUGGUCGGUCCGCGAAGCUGGCAGUCUUCAAGCUCCACACGCAACUGGACCAAGCGUAUCGUCCACCGAUGUGCAAGAUCUUGAUAGGACCACCAACUCCUUGGGGGUCAGCGGCAUCGGCGGCGCUCCUGCCACCGAUCCAGCUGUUGCGAUGGCGCAUUCUGUCGCUGCCCAAAGGUCGGCCGAAGCCACGCUCGAAAGCAAGGACAAGGAAACAGGAUCGGUCGCGCACAGUCAUCGGCUCAGCGUGAGCGAGCAAGAUAACGAAGAGUCCGAUCGAAAGCGCGCAAGGCUUCAAUAAGCAGAUGUCUGUGUGGGGGUAUUGCCUCUGGAACCAGCCUGUCCUCGUCGCGGUUGACGGGACGCGGAAGUUGGAGUGGUCGCACGAUUUUGUAUUCGAUCGAUAGUGGCUGGCAAUACAACAAGCUCGAGCCGAGUUCCGGGA